AUGGUUAGGGAGACCCUUGUUCAGGUGUGGAACAACAUGGAGGACGCGGUUGUUUAUAGGAAGGUCCAAAUUCCAUGGACAAAGGAGCAGGUAAUGGCUGAGUUCAAAAGAUUGGACAAAGAUGGAGAUGGCAGGAUUUCCAAGGAAGAGCUGAAGGCAGCCUUCGACAAGUUCGGGUCGCGUUGGAGUUCUUUCAGAGCUUGGAGAGCCCUCUGCCACGCAGAUGCCAACAAGGACGGGUUCAUUUCUAAGGAGGAGUUCACCGAUAUCGUCAACUAUGCCUUGAAAUGUGGGUAUAAACUAUGA